CCAGUCGACCAGAAAGUGGCCUUUGUUCCAAUGGAUCUAGAGAACCUGCCUGUCAUCAAUAACUACCUGGAUGCCAAUGAGCCUGUGUCCUCGGAGGCCCGCCUGAGCCGCAUGCACUUCCAUGACAACCAGAGGAAGGUCGACUAUGUGCUGGCCUACCACUACCGGAAACGUGGGGUGCACCUGGGCCAUGGAUCCCCUGGCCACUCGCUGGCCGUCAUCUCCAAUGGGGAGACAGGCAAGGAGCGCCAUGCUGGGGGCCCUGGUGACAUUGAGCUGGGCCCACUUGAUGCUCUGGAGGAGGAGAGGAGGGAGCAGCGGGAGGAGUUUGAGAACAACCUGAUGGCGGCCGGCCUGGAACUGGAGAAGGACUUGGAGAGUAAAAGCCAGGGAUCCGUCUUUGUCCGGAUACACGCCCCGUGGCAGGUGCUGGCCAGAGAGGCAGAAUUCUUGAAGAUCAAAGUUCCCACCAAGAAAAUGUACGAGAUCAAAGCAGGAGGCAGCAUUGCGAAGAAGUUUAAUGCGAUUCUGCAGAAGCUGAGCUCGCCACUGCAGCCCAGAGUUCCAGAGCAUAGCAACAACAGGAUGAAGAACCUGUCCUACCCAUUCUCCAGGGAGAAAAUGUACCUGUACAACAUCCAGGAAAAGGAUACCUUCUUUGACAAUGCCACCCGUAGCCGCAUUGUGCAUGAGAUUCUGAAGCGCACGGCCUGUUCUCGAGCCAACAACACGAUGGGCAUUAACUCUCUGAUAGCAAACAAUAUCUAUGAGGCCGCCUACCCGCUUCAUGAUGGUGAAUAUGACAGUCCAGGGGAUGACAUGAAUGACAGAAAGCUGCUGUAUCAAGAGUGGGCACGCUAUGGAGUGUUUUAUAAGUUUCAACCCAUUGACCUGAUCAGAAAGUAUUUUGGAGAAAAAAUUGGACUGUACUUUGCCUGGCUGGGCUUAUAUACAUCGUUUCUCAUCCCAUCUUCUGUGAUUGGGGUCAUCGUGUUUCUGUAUGGAUGUGCAACAAUCGAAGAAGAUAUUCCCAGCAAAGAGAUGUGUGACCAGCAGAAUGCCUUCACCAUGUGUCCCCUUUGUGACAAAUCCUGUGACUAUUGGAAUCUCAGCUCAGCCUGUGGGACCGCGCGGGCCAGCCACCUGUUUGACAACCCCGCCACUGUCUUCUUCUCCAUCUUCAUGGCUCUCUGGGCCACCAUGUUUCUGGAAAACUGGAAAAGACUACAGAUGCGACUGGGCUACUUCUGGGACCUGACCGGUAUAGAAGAGGAAGAAGAGCACUCCCGGCCUGAAUACGAAACCAAAGUUCGAGAGAAAAUGUUAAAGGAGAACGACAAGUCAGUGGUCCAGAAACUGGAAAUAAACGCAACUGAAAAUGAUGAUGAGGAUGAUGAUGAAGAUAAACUGACCUGGAAGGAUCGGUUCCCAGGUUACUUGAUGAACUUUGCCUCCAUCUUGUUCAUGAUCGCCUUGACGUUCUCGAUUGUCUUUGGGGUCAUUGUGUAUCGGAUCACAACUGCAGCUGCUCUGUCUCUCAACAAGGCCACACGCUCGAAUGUCCGGGUGACAGUAACAGCGACGGCAGUCAUCAUCAACCUCGUAGUCAUCCUCAUCCUGGAUGAGAUCUAUGGGGCUGUGGCCAAGUGGCUCACCAAAAUAGAGGUUCCAAAAACAGAACAGACUUUUGAAGAGCGCUUGAUACUUAAAGCUUUCUUGCUAAAGUUUGUCAAUGCCUACUCCCCCAUCUUCUAUGUGGCCUUUUUCAAGGGGAGGUUUGUGGGCAGACCUGGAAGCUACGUCUAUGUGUUCGAUGGCUACCGCAUGGAGGAGUGUGCCCCAGGGGGCUGCCUCAUGGAGCUCUGCAUUCAGCUCAGCAUCAUCAUGUUGGGAAAGCAGUUGAUCCAGAACAACAUCUUUGAGAUUGGAGUCCCGAAACUAAAGAAACUCUUUCGGAAGCUGAAAGAUGAGACAGAACCUGGAGAAGCUGACCCCGAGCAUUCAAAACAUCCAGAGCAGUGGGACCUAGAUUAUAGCCUAGAACCGUACACAGGGCUGACUCCGGAGUACAUGGAAAUGAUUAUCCAGUUUGGUUUUGUCACCCUUUUUGUGGCCUCCUUCCCUCUGGCACCUGUGUUUGCCCUCCUCAACAAUGUCAUUGAAGUACGGCUAGAUGCAAAAAAGUUUGUCACAGAGCUGAGACGUCCGGACGCUGUGAGAACCAAAGAUAUUGGAAUUUGGUUUGACAUUCUCUCCGGAAUCGGCAAGUUCUCUGUUAUCAUCAACGCUUUCGUCAUUGCUGUUACCUCUGACUUUAUCCCACGCCUCGUGUACCAGUACUCCUAUAGCCACAAUGGGACUCUGCAUGGCUUUGUGAACCAUACCCUCUCCUUCUUCAAUGUCAGCCAGCUGAAGGAGGGGACACAGCCUGAAAACUCACAGUUUGACCAGGAGGUUCAGUUCUGCAGGUUCAAGGAUUACCGAGAGCCACCAUGGGCACCGAACCCAUAUGAGUUUUCCAAACAGUACUGGUCUGUUCUGUCUGCCCGACUGGCUUUUGUCAUAAUCUUCCAGAACCUCGUGAUGUUCCUGAGUGUCCUUGUGGACUGGAUGAUCCCAGACAUCCCCACCGACAUCAGUGACCAGAUCAAGAAAGAGAAGAGCUUGUUGGUGGACUUCUUCCUGAAAGAGGAGCAUGAGAAGCUCAAGCUCACUGAUGAGCAGGCCCAGAGGAGCCCGGGAGGUGGGGAUCGCAGCAGGAGGAGCCGGGCAACCAGCUCAGCUCCCUCUGGCCUGAGCCCACCUGGUAGCAGAGCAUCUUCCGGCUCCCAACACACCAACGUAUGAGCAGUCCCGCUUCG